CAGAGAACUAGAUCCGGUACUGAAAAUUCUUCGGCGAGGGUUUCGCUCUUGGUGGUGAACCUGUGCGGCGAGGACGUGGCUGUCCGACUUACUGAGAUGAGAACCUCGUCGACUGCCACUGUGAUGUGGAUUGUUCCUUCGCUAACGGUACUGCUUCUGCUUGAAGCUGGGCUGCUAGCCAAAUCUAUUCCCGCACGGAAUUGGGAUGGAAAGGACCACUCGGAAAUUCUCAAAGACCUGGUGCUGAACUACAAAGAUCAUACCCGUGACCCACGGGCGAAUACUGAAUGCAGUGUCAAUGCUAGCUACACUGGCCAGUGUAACCUGGACUGUCAGUGUGUGGAUGGCAAGUGGAAAUGCUGUCGGCUCAGGAAGAGUGUGAAGAACUUAUCACAGGAAGAAAGAGAUCGAUUUACGCAUGCAUACUUGAAAGCUGUCAAGAAUGAAAUAUACAAGCCAGCUAUGCGCGCUAUCCUUUGGUCGCACGCAACGUUUUUCUGCAAGACUAUAACGAACAAGGAGCAGUUAGUCUACAGUGAUGCGGUGGGAUAUCACAACUUGCUUUUGCUGGCGCUGGAGAGUCUGCUGCGUCUGAUCGACUGUCGUGUUACCCUCCCCUACUGGGAUGUUGCCUUGGAGUACGAGAAGAGCUAUUCGGAGCAAUUACCAGAAGGGUUUGGAGGAAACGGAGUGCCUCCUGAUUACUGCGUGCUCGAUGGGCCGUAUAGAAAAGGAGAAUUUGUCCUUCCAAAGUUUGUGUACAAUGGCGUGGAGCUACCCUUCACGACGUGCUUGAAGAGGAACAUAUCUGCUACAAGCACCCCCUUUUCGUAUAUGAUGUUCACCGCAAUGCUCACCAUACCGCCGGAAAACUCGGAGAUGUUCGAUUUAGGAUUUUUUCUCGACUUUGACAGAAACUUCCACGCAAGCAUGGGUGGCACCUUCGAAGGCAUGGUACCAGCUAUGGACCCACUGUUUUACAUGAUUCAUAAUUUCGCAAACAAGAUGCUGGUGAAUUUCCAGAUGCAAGGGCCGCAGCAUCUAAUCGGUGGAGGGCUCUGGAACAACACAGUAUCUGUGACAACUUUCCAAUGGUUUCAGAACAAGGAUUUUCUUGAUGCCACAAGCUUUCCGAAUGAUGUAUGCAUUCACUGGGAUGCAGUCGCCGAUCAGGAGAAGCUGAUUCAGAUGGGCUACUAUGCAGGGCUAGAAACACCACGUACCCACCACAUAGCACUGUCGUACAAGGAGGUUAGGGAUAUGGACAUGGACAGCAAGGCUGCAGCGAACUAUGUCCAGUUCAUAAAGUCCCUCAGGGCCACCUUUCUGUCAGCGUUUACCAAUGAUGAGAAUGGCUUCCAUCUGACCAAGGACUGGUACAAGCUGUUUAUGGCUGGCUUCGGAAACAGGAAAUUCCAGGUGCAGCCCGCAUGUUCGCAGUACUUUGAUCUGGAUCCGGAAUUCGAGAAAACCACCAUGUCACCUGGUGUAGCUGAACUCAUUCCAUAACAGCCUUGUGUUUUUUCUUCUUCAAUGUCUCAGCUGUUUGGCCGUUUCAUCUAUUCCAUGGGAAGCUCUAUACAAUUUAUUGAUCAUUGAAUGGUGGUGACAUGACAUUGUGUUGGUUUCAGAAUACACAUCCUUGCCAUUUUCGUUUUGCGCAUCUAUUUUCCGCGGGUAGUGAUUUUGUGAGAGAGAUAGAGAGAGAGAAUGUGUGUGUGUGUGUGUGUGUGAGAGAGAGAGAGAGAGAAUGUGUGUGGAUGUGUGUGUGUGUGUGUGUGUGUGUGUGUGUGUGUGUGUGUGUGUGUGUGUGUGUGUGUGU